AAGGGCCGCGGGCCAGAGCACCUCCAUCCACUCCCUCCUGAGGUGGUGACAGACCCUGUGCUGCUUUGUACCCGCUCCUGAACGCCCGCCCUCCCCGCCGACAUGUCCUGCCAGCAGAACCAGCAGCAGUGCCAGUGCCCUCCCAAGUGCCCUCCCAAGUGUCCGUGCCCCGCCCCAAAAUGCCCCCCAAUGUGUCCCCCAAAGUGCCCCCCAAAGUGCCCUCCAGUCUCCUCCUGCUGCAGUGUCAGCUCUGGGGGCUGCUGUAGCUCUGGGGGUGGGGGCUGCUGCAGCUCUGGGCAUGGGGGCUGCUGCAGCUCUGGGCACGGGGGCUGCUGCUUGAGCCACCACAGGCGCCACAGGUCCCACCGCAACAGACACCGGAGCUCUGACUGCUGCCAGCCUUCAGGGGGCUCCAGCUGCUGUGGUGGGGGGAGCUCCAGUUGCUGCGGAGGGGGCAGUGGUCAGGCCUCUGGAGGCUCGUGCUGCUGAAGUGGACCCUGAGCCAGAAAGAGCAGACGUGGGGACAGCAGAUGGCCAAAUCCCUCCUCCUCCUCCUCUCCCCCUGCUGGGCCUCCCUGUUGCUGAGAGUUCUGGGUGAGGCCUCUGAGCUCUGAUCCAGACCAUCCCUGUGUCCUGGUGACCAGCCGCCCAAAUCACGCCAAACCAUCGCCUGAUCUCCUUCCGCAUAUGCCCGUGUGUGGCUGCCCCGCCCCGGGAAGCCCGAAGCACGGCCCCUGUACCUCCACAGCUGGUCUGUGCAGCACACGCCAGCCUGAUGUAAACCAAUAAACUG